UCUCCAACAUGUCGCGCAUCCAAAUCACCUCGAAUCUGACACUGGUUCUCCUUGAGGACCAACCUUUUGUUUUUGUUUCGCACUCUGUAGUCGCUGCCGCUGGACAAACGACCUCACCUCUGUCCGUUGAGCCAUGCGCAUCCGUCGCUCUUCCCCCUCUUCUAGCGGCUGAAGCUCGUCUGAAACGAUGAGCCAGAAUCCGUAUGCGCUGAACGGCUACGGAGGCUCAGCAAACGGCAUCAACCCAUAUGCGCCUACCAAUGCAUCCAACUCUGUCUCUUCUGGCCGUUAUGCAGAUCCCUACCUGAAUCAGCAGAACAAUGCGUCCUCAGCUUCCGUCAACAGUUUUGGCUCACAGGAGCGACGACGCAGAUCCAAUCCCUAUGAACAGCGAGACCGAGACUCGCCCGGCCCUGCGCCCCUGGGUCGAGUAGGGCCAGGAAUAGGGAAUGCUGGAGGCGGCUACGGACCAGGAGGGGGAGGAGGAGGAGGAGGAGGAGGAGGAGGUUAUGGAGGCCUGGCGCGUCCAAGAUAUGCUGAGGAACCGCUUGCUCCCAAGAAUGACUACUCCUACGGCCGGGAAAGGGAGCCUCAAGGGUAUGAGCAAAGGCAGCAGAGACCUCCGACACGAGAAAGAGAUAGAGCCAACAAUGACCCAAGGUUUCGCGAAAAUAGAGACAUCCGAACUCCUAUGCCGCCUCCACCUGCAAUGCCUCCCAAACCCUCCCUUCCCAGCUUGAAUCAGCAGAGCCAGGCCAAUGGCUAUAACGACCCGGCCUACCCUCUUCCAGAGAAUGCGAAUCGGCAAUAUUCACCACGGAGACCACAGAAGAGUAUGGACGAGAUCCUGCGACACAUUCAAUCGAAUUGGAAGGAUAUGGAGGGAGAUGAAUGCACCCCUGUCAAAAUUGCCCUCAAGCUUAUGGACCCCAGCUCGUUAGGGCUUAAAGAUAAAGAGGAAGAUUUUUCAAAAACGCACGUGGAUUUGCAGAAGUGUCUAAAGACUGUGGUCAAUGAACAUUAUGCCGACUUCAACAGUGCUGUUGGCACUUAUCACAAGAUUCAGAAUGCGAUUCGAGAGAGUCAGAGCCGAGUAAGGCAGCUCAAGGGCGGCUUGAUGAAUGUCAAGGGCGGCAUGCUGAGUACAAGGCCUGAAUUGAGAGGUUUAGCUGAGCAGAGCGGCGAUCUGGACCACAUGCUCGUCAUUCUGAGCAAUAUCGAGUCACUGAAGGACGUGCCGGGCAAACUCGAGGAGAAGAUCAGUGAAAAGAAAUUUCUCGGGGCUGUCGACCUGUUGAUGGACAGUCUCAAAGCUAUCACCAAGAGCGAAUUGGACGGCAUCGGAGCCGUUUCUGAUCUUCGAGGCUAUUUUAUGACCCAGGAAAGCACUCUGCUCGACAUCCUCGUCGAGGAAUUGCAUGACCAUCUCUAUCUGCGAAGUCCGUAUUGCAAGGACAGAUGGAAGAGCAAAAAGGCCAAUGGCGAGGAGAGAGACUCCAAGGAUAACCUGAUGGGCAGUGUGGCCGUAUGGGAUCGGCCAUUCAACCACUACCUGAAUAGUGCCGACUUCUCAAUACCCAUGGUUGAAGAUGCAUCCAAAAACCCGGAGGCAGACACUUUCUACUACACCCAUAUGAUCCUGGAAGCGCUGCACAAGAUUGGGCAGCUUGGCGAAGCAAUCUCAAGAAUCGAACAGAGAAUGCCCACGGAACUGUACAAGGUGGUCGAGAAGACUAACCAGGACAUUGACGCAAAAUACCCUAGUCAUCUGAGAGGCCAAGUCAAUAAGGACAGCCGGAAAGUCAUGUCCCUACAGAUCCAUGAGGGCAGGGCCCAAGUACUCUCUGACUUCUUGUGGACGUUGUAUUCCAAAUUCGAGGCCAUCGCCGAAAGCCAUCGCGUACUUCACGAAAUCAUCACUGGCAUCGCCACGCGGGAGAAACUGUCCAAACCCGACAGGUACACCACUGGCUUCAAAGAGUUAUGGAAAUUGUACCAGAUGGAGAUGCGCUCACUUCUACAUGACUAUCUAGCCACAGAUGGCAGCAUGACUCUGCGCUCUGGAUUGACCACAACGACAAGCACUGAUAUCUUUGCUCGACCCAUUCGUGACAAGAACAAGAAGAUGUUCAAGCUCUCCGAAAUGGAGCAGAAAUCCGAGGCCAUGAAGGCCGAAGAAGACGAACUGGACGACAUUCUCAAGAGCUCAGUGCCUGGGCUGGUGAGCAAAUCGCGCGCCAGAAACGGAUUGGAUCUCAUAUCGGAACGGAGUGGGCAGGACAGCUCUGCCGCCGGACACAAACUGCUGAUCGAGCCAGGCGUCUUCAAUAUGACAGUCUUGCUGCCUCCGUCCCUGACGUUCCUGCAACGUCUGAAGGAUGUCGUUCCAUCAACUGCUCAUAUCCCCAUGAGCACACUGACCUCUUUCCUGGAUGAUUUCCUCCUCAACGUUUUUCAUCCACAGUUGGAAGAAGCAGUCACCGAGCUCUGUAUACAAUGCAUGAUGGACCUCGAAGCAUUUUCAGAAGAUACACACUGGUCCAAGCACUCACCGCACCCAAUAUUCAAGGGCGCCGUCGCCUUCAUGAGCCUUGUUCGUGCAUUCUCGGGGAUGUUAAGCUCGAUACCCCAGGACCAGAUGUUCACUCAAUUGAUCAUCAAUCAAUUGAUCACUUAUUACGACAAGUGCUACGGCUACUACAAAGCACUAGUCAGCAGAGUCGCGCCAUCAACCACGAACCAGAACGUCAACACCCUGGCAUUGAAGGCGGCCGCUGCGUUUGCUGAGUCGGGAGAAGUUCGAGACGCUGCUCUUGACCUCCUGAAGUACGAUCAGUCAGCCAGCGGCAAUCCUUCUCGUUCCGAUCUUAUCAUGAAGGAAGUACAAGCCUUGCUGUCUGCGACCAAACAACACCCGCUGUCCUCAUACGACAUCAUUUCCGACCCGAAAUCCGUCCACCAACUUUCCCUCCUUCACAACUCCAUGCAAUGGCUAUCCGCCGCGCUGACACAGAUCCGCCACGUCGAAACAAGCAGCCAUACUGGGCACGCUCGAACGGGCUCACAAGCUAAGAAUGCGAAGCGCUGGACUUUGAUAACCGGAUUGCGUUCACUCGGUGGUAAAUCGCCCUCUCACCCCGGCGCCACAGUCCCCGUUUUCUUACCACUUGCGUCUGAGACCGCCAUUCCUUUCGACAACGUAGUCACUUCGUUCCGCAUGCUCGCCCAGACCAGUUUGUUGACCUUACAUAUCGACAUCCGCUGCGGUAUCCUCCACCAACUGGGGCGCACGCUGCGCGGCCCUGGGGCCGAAGUCGACGCUAGCAACGGGUCGACGAUAUCGCCCGGUGAGAACCCCAACCGCGACUCGUCUGGCCUGCCGCCGCUCGAUUCAGGACUGUACCCCUACGUUUUGCCUUCGCCGCCAACUUCAGCAUCACCGCGCAUCCUGGAACUAAAUACCGACCUCAUCUCGUUCGACUCGAACAUUGCCACAUACCUCGGCACGCGCGAGCGCAAUUUCAUCCUCCACGGCCUCGCAAAGCUGGUCGAUCGAUACCUCGUCGUUGCAGCGGAUGUGAUUGGCGUGAUGAACACGAACGGCGCGGAGAGAGUGCGCAUCGACGCAAUGGUCAUGCAGCAGAAUCUCAGGGCAAUUCUCGCGAGCACUUGUUCUCCAGCGAAGACCUCCUCCAUUCGCACCACCGGUCAAAGCACGAACCCGAACGACGCCACUGGUCUAGGCAUCUCGACUGUGUCGGCGUCCACGCCUCAACCCGACGAUGACGAUGACUCGGGCCUGUUGACCUCAUCGUCGCGAUAUUUCAAUCUCUUCCUACAAGGACCAGAGUCGAUAUUGCAACAUGUCCGCGACUGCAAGGCGCAGAAGCAGGACGUCGGAUAUAGCUACGACGAGUUGAGGACGCUGGUGGAGUUGUGUUACAGCGCGAACCUCAGGGGCGAGGACAGGGAGGAGAGUAUCAAGGCCCGGAAAGGACAGCAGGAGGUGCUUCUUGCAUUGGGCGAGGUCAUGUGGGAUUCUUGAUUCAUCAUGCCUGGUGUGGUUCUGGACGCAAGACUCGCGAGGGAGAAAGACAGUCUGUAUAGUGAGCGAUAUAUGAGCGUUUGUUGGAAGGCAAAUUGAUCGUAACGAUGUUUAUGUCUGUGACAUUUGUAGGCUGCCACCUUACCGCCGAGGGCGCAUAUGUCUUUAUAAAUCGGAUAUAAGAACAAGAAGAGAGUGCUGAGAUCGCGGAAACAGGAGAAACCUAGCCCCCUAUAUUGGUACCG